UGUUUUUUUUUUUUUUGUUAACUCACACAAACAAUUGUUGGCGAAGAGAAAUCUGUUUCCUCUCUCUCUCUCUCUCUCUCUCGUUUUCGUGUGUUUUGUCCGAAAAACAUUGCCUGUUAUGUCUUCAUAGUUUGCUUCCAUUAGGGUUUUUUUCUCAUAAAGAUAUACUUCAUUUUCGAGUCUUGAGAUUGACCAAGAAACGAGGAUGAAGAUGGACGAAGAAUUAGGGCAAGACAGAGAUAGUUCGUUUCUGACAGAUGACGAGGAAAAACAAUCAUCACUGGCUUCUUCUGACGACGAAGACGACGAUGGAAACUACCGCUCGUCGUCUCCAUUAUCCAGAAACCACUCCGAUGACAGUCCCUCUCCAUGGCCUCGGAGUUAUCGACGAUCUAUGGACAUGUUAACGGGAGUGACACCUCCUACCGUCAGUUUCAUUCCUCGAAGCGGCUCUCGGACACUAUCUAGCAAUGCGGAUUCUUCUUUCUGCAAGAGGCGUCAGAAUUCAUGUCAAGAUUCGUUUUCUUCUUCAGCAAGCAAGCCACUUAUCUCCCAAUCCAUUCACGGCAAAGAAGAAAUCCGAACCUCAGCUCUGAUAUCUGCCAUAGAAUUCAUCUCUUCUCAGCUCGAGUUAUCCAUCGCCGAUCACCCGUUUCCACCAGAAAACCGUUGCUCGUUCUCACAAUCCGUCCUCAACGGAGUCAAUGUUCUGUGUGGACUGGCGUUGCUGACUAUGCCUUAUGCCCUCAAAGAAGGGGGUUGGAUCGGACUUUUCGUUCUUUUGCUUUUCGGUAUAAUCACUUGCUAUACAGGUAUCCUCUUGAAGAGAUGUGCUGAAAGUUCUCCUGGUCUUACCACCUACCCUGAUAUCGGCCACGCUGCAUUUGGCAUGACCGGUCGUGUUAUAAUCUCUAUACUUCUGUACCUGGAGUUAUACGCAUCAUGCGUGGAAUACAUAAUCAUGAUGAGCGAUAACUUGUCGGGUCUUUUCCCAAACACUUCCUUGAGGAUCUCUGGAUUAUCUCUUGAUUCUUCACAGAUUUUCGCUGUCGCAACUACUGUCAUCGUUCUCCCGACAGUUUGGCUCAGAGACCUUAGCUUACUCUCCUACCUCUCAGUCGGAGGCGUGUUAUCUUCGAUCUUGCUGGCACUUUGCCUCCUCUGGAACGGGUCGGUCGAUGGGGUCGGGUUUCACCUCACCGGACAAGCUCUGGACCUCACAAACUUACCUGUCUCUGUCGGAAUAUUCGGGUUAGGGUUUGCGGGUCAUUCUGUAUUCCCAAACCUCUACUCUUCCAUGAAAGAGCCCUCCAAGUUUCCUCUGGUUCUCGUGAUAUGCUUCGGUUUCUGCACGUUCUUGUACAUCGGUGUAGCGAUCUGCGGCUACACAAUGUUUGGCGACGCGAUUCAAUCGCAGUUUACUCUGAAUAUGCCUAAACAGUUUCUUACGUCUAGGAUCGCCGUUUGGACGGCGGUCGUGACACCGAUGACAAAAUACGCGCUAACGAUCACUCCGGUGGUGCUGAGCUUGGAAGAACUGAUGCCAUCCUCCAAGAUGAAACCGUACGGUUCAUCGAUUCUUCUCAGGACAAUCUUGGUCAUCUCUACUCUUGUUGUGGCCCUUGCUGUUCCCUUCUUCGCGAUCGUGGGAGCUUUGAUGGGAUCUUUUCUCGCCGUUCUUGUUGCACUUAUCUUCCCAUGCAUGUGUUAUCUCAGUAUCCUCAAGGGUAGAUUGAGUAACACGCAAGUUGGGAUAUGCAUUCUCAUCAUAAUAUUCGGUUUGGUCGCCGGUUGCUGCGGCACUUACUCAGCCGUCGCGAGAUUAAUCGGCGAAUUGACCUGAUUGGUUGCCGAGAAAGUUUUUUUUUUCUCGCGGUUUCUCUCCCGAGAAAGCCUCCCUUUUGUAAGGUCGAUGCCCUUAACCGGCAUUUCUAAACCGGGUUUUGUAAUACCGAACCGAAUUAUGCUUAGCUUAAUAAAUCAUCUAUGUAUGUCUGAGUAGUA